GGAAUGGAUGGAAUAAAAGUAUACAUGCAAGAGCGGGAACUGUGGGAUAAAUUCCACGAGGUUGGAACGGAGAUGAUCAUCACUAAGGCGGGAAGGCGGAUGUUCCCCUGCUACAAGGUGAAGGUGACGGGCCUCAACCCUAAAAGCAAGUAUAUUCUCCUCAUGGAUAUCGUGCCAGCAGAUGACCACCGCUACAAGUUCGCUGAUAAUAAAUGGUCUGUUUCGGGGAAGGCAGAGCCGGCCAUGCCAGGGAGGUUGUACGUCCACCCUGACUCUCCAGCCACUGGGAGCCACUGGACACGCCAGCUUGUCUCCUUCCAGAAACUCAAACUCACUAACAACCACCUGGACCCCUUUGGACACAUUAUAUUAAACUCAAUGCAUAAAUACCAACCCCGCCUCCACAUCGUCAAAGCAGAUGAACACAAUGGGUUUGGUUCCAAGAACACAGCCUUCUGCACGCACAUGUUCUCAGAGACCUCAUUCAUCGCUGUGACAUCAUACCAGAACCACAAGAUCACCCAGCUGAAGAUAGAGAACAACCCGUUCGCUAAGGGCUUCAGAGGCAGUGAUGACAUGGAGCUGCACCGCAUGGCUAAGAUACAGGGUAAGGAGUGUCAGAGGGUGUGUCCUAGUGUGAGUCCGUUUGGGGGGGGACCGAGGGGGUUGGGUUCACACCCCUAUACCUGUGAGAAUGGGGUGAGCAGCACCACCCAGGAUCUCCUCACCCCCCCUCCAACCCCCUACACCCUCCCCCAACCAGACCCACACAAACACAUGCAGGUGUACCACUGCAACAAGAGGAAAGCAGAUGAUACCUGUCCUACAACAGAGCAUCACCAGUACAGGAAGUCCUACAUCAACAGUUCUCCCAGCGAUGUUGAGUCUUACUAUCACCCAUCUGCUUACCCUCCUCCCCCUCUUCCUCUCGCUGUCCAUCCCCAUCCCCCUGGUCUCUCUGACUCCCUCUACAGGUCAGAGGCGGGGCAGCGGCAGGCGUGUAUGUUUGCUGGAUCUGAGCCCAGACUGGAUGACCUCAGCUGUACAUCCUGGUCCUACAGCUGCCCUUUGACUCCUGCUAUGACCCCCAUGACCCCUACUGACCCCUACAUGACCUUCCCCCACCAGCCCUACUCCUCCAGUCCCCGGGGCUCUCAGCUGAGCUCAGUAGCCCACCAAGGCUCUCCUCCUCUGGAGGACUCUCUCUCUCAGUGCCCCUACCAGACCCAGAACUCCAGACCACCCCAGACACCCCAACACACCAGCCCACCCCUCAGAGAGUACCACUGCUACCCCACCUCCCUGUCUCCUACCCAAUACCACACCCUACACACACAGAUCAGGGGAGGGGUCCCAGAGUGGAGCGAGCCCACCUGA